AAAGUAUUGAAGUCUGAAGAUUGACAAAAUUUAAAAAUUAUAGGUUGGUUAUGUUAAUACAUUCAUUUUAAAUUGAAUUUCUGAUGAUUUUUGUUAUUUAUAAUUAAUACAAAUAAUUUGAAUAUUAAAAAUAUCAGGUCCUUAGAAUGUUGCUCAGCAGGUUGAGAUUUAAGCCAGAGUUCCGGAUACUAACGCGCUGCUUAUCGGAAAAGCCUCCUGAACACGAUGGAAAGAUUCCUGAAAUAAAGUCCAAAAAAGAAGAAAAAAAAGAUGACUCAAGUACUGAGAAAAUCCAGGCGCUCUUGAAACAAAUGUUGGCUGAACCGAAAAUAUCCCAAAAAGAAUACAGUGAAAAGUUUACAGUUGCUCCUGAACGGAAGAGACGUGAACCUGAUGUGAUUGAAACUAAAAUGGAAAAAAUUGAAGAGAAUAUAACAAAAGCAGCGGGGGAUGUGGCAAAAGUGAUUGGUGGUGAUGUGAAGCAAACUGAAGCAGAAUUAUUGUCCAGAGUACUUGGGAAGAUAAACCAAACAUCAACAACACUAAGUGACCUCCUAGUGGGCAUGAAAGUAGACCGUACAAAGGAAAGUGAUAAGCAAGGUAUGCCAGAAACGAGAGGUCAGCAAGUGAAGCGCAUGGUCGGUAAGGCAGCACAGAACAAACCACAGAGGCAAUAUGAGAGGCGACAACCUGCUGAUGGCGAGCGGAGAUUGCAGAGGAAAGAAACAUCAGCACCACUCAGUAUCAACAUAUUCAGCGGAGAGCCAUUAGGUAUUUUUACAUCCAGUGAAGUGAACUAUGGAACAAAAUUGGAUGUUUGGGAACACCUUAACCAAAGGGAGUUAACGCUGGCCACUUCACAGCCACCAUCCAAUUACUUUGAGAAGAUGAUAUUGUGGACUGAACAGGGCAAAGUCUGGAAGUUCCCUAUUAAUAAUGAACAGGGCAUGGAAGAAGAGGAAAAUGUCCAUUUCUCUGAGCAUGUGUUCCUAGAGACCCACUUGGAAGGCUGGUGUCCGGCCCGCGGUCCCAUCAGACAUUUCAUGGAACUAGUGUGUGUGGGUCUCUCCAAGAACGCAUUCUAUACAGUACAAGAGAAACGAGACCAUAUCAUGUGGUAUAAGGAAUACUUUGAGUCAAAGAAGGACUUGUUAAAUGAAGUCGGAGUAUGGGACGUUAAGCCAACGCCGGAACUUACUGCGCAAUGAUUUAGUUGAAAUAUAUUUAUUAGCUUGU